AUGCCAAGGUCUUUCCUGGUUAAAAAGGUGAAGCUUGAUGAUUUUUCAUCCAGUGAUUUUGAGAGUUCUUAUGGACGAUCCAGGACCAACCUCAGUCUACGGAUUCACGAUAAAGGGUACAUUAGUGACUACAUCAGCCCGUCUGUCUACGAUGGAGAAAGCGACGGUGCCAUUAAAGUUCCCUCUCCGGAGCCACUCUACGAUGGCAUCCACAGCGACUACGGCGCCCCGGACUCAGACCAGCCUGACAGUCCGCAGUCGGACGUCACCUCCGGCUACAUCAACGGGGACACCGCGGUGAGUGAUUGCUACACGGUGGACGCGUUUUACAUCACGGACGGAAGGUCACGGAGGAAAGUAAUCAGCAGCCCCAGCAGCAGGUGCAUACAGCGUCACACAUGCAACGAAUGUGGGAAAACCUACGCCACGUCUUCCAACCUGAGUAGGCAUAAGCAGACCCACCGGAGCCUGGACAGCAAGAUGGCCAAGAAGUGCGCAACCUGUGGGAAAGUGUACGUGUCCAUGCCAGCAAUGGCCAUGCACCUGCUCACCCAUGACCUCAAGCACAAGUGUGACAUCUGUGCCAAAGCUUUCAGCAGACCUUGGCUACUGCAGGGCCACAUGAGGUCACACACGGGCGAGAAGCCCUUUGGGUGUGCACACUGCGGAAAAGCGUUCGCAGACCGCUCCAACCUGCGCGCGCAUAUGCAGACUCACUCCGCUUUCAAGCAUUUCAAAUGCAAACGGUGCGACAAGACCUUCGCUCUCAAGUCCUACCUGAAUAAGCACUACGAGUCCGCGUGCUUCAAAGGCGCGUUCUCGCCCUUGAGUCCUGAUCUCGAUGACUCUCCAUGA